GAAUAAACAAAAAUAGGAGUCACAGUGAAAAGAGAAAACGAAGUGUUGUCACCGGCGUUCCAUCUCCAACACGCAUCGCGCCACAAAAAAACUUGAGAGCGCACAAGCAGCACGAAACCGACGUGAAAUAUAUAUCCCAGCCACCUUUCGGAGUCCAACAACGUUAGAGUAGAUCUAUUUGUGUGUUACUGAUUUAUCGAGAGUCUUCUUCCUUGAGCACCUUUUUUUUUUUCAUUUCUCUUUUCUGAUUUGCAUGGAUCUUUAUCUCAUUUUUUUCUUUUGAUAAUAUUGUCGCAGUGUGUUUGCAUUAACGCCACAUAGCAGCGAAGAGUUUUCUACGUGACGAACGUAUCUACACGAAUAGAUUAGAAAAAAAGAAUAUAUAUCUGCCCGCAAUAGUGCAUCGAUUCUCUUUCCGUUUUUCUCGGUGAGUGGUGGGUUUUUUUUUUCUGGAGAGGGAGGUGCAUCAACAACACACAAAAUCUGUUCGCUUGUAUGGUUUACGUUUUCUUUUCUUUCCUUUCUUCGUCUUGCGUUCCCCACCGCCUUGGCGAAUUCCGUCCAGAUCCGAAAACGCAAACUCACGGGAAGGCGCAAAAGCCUCUUUGUCAUUUCACCUUUGUUCAUCGCGUCUCCUCAACAUUUUCUCUCUUCUCUCUUUUUUUCCUUUGGUUCUUUUAAACAAUUUGAACUGUCAUUUAUUUGUGUUUGAUCACUACUGUUCCCCUUACCCUUACAUUUUAUAAACGCAUAUUUGUUUUCCUGCUGCGGUGUUUAUUCUUCUUCUUCUCCCUUUCCCGACCCGCUUUUCUCUCCCUCUCGUCUUCUCGUCCUGUGUGUUCUUCCACACACACACACACACGCACACGCGCCAAUUUUUUAACAAAGACCGAGUAUUUCUUUUUUGGAUUCUUCUGUGAGGCGUUGUUUUGGUUUUCUCUGUUCUUGUUAUUUAACGAGGAAGUUCUCUCUCUCUCUCUAUAUAUAUAUAUAUUUAUUUAUUUAUUUAUUUAUUUAUUUAUUUAUUCCUUUUGCGUGUACUUUUGAUGUUGUCGGCUGAAGAGAGACGGCGCAAAACGAAAACAAGGAGAGGAGACGCAGUUCGUCGCCUUCGUUGCAGACCGUGAUUAUGAUUGUUAGUUAUCAUCAUUUUUUUCAUUCCUUGUUGUUGCUGUUGUUAUUGUUGCCCGCUCUCUUCCCCUACUUUCCCUCUCUCGUCAACGACACGAUACAUAACUUGAUUUCUCAUUUUGGGACGUUUUUGUUAGACUCUUUGUUGGUAUUUUUAUAGUUAUUAUUAUUCUUACCGUUUUACGUCAAUCACAGCCGCAGCCCGCCGCUUCUCUCGGUCUGCUUCCGCGUUGUUGUUGUUUUUUUGGUUGGUAUUGGUCAUAUUUGAGUCGAAUUCAUCUCCGCUGUCUCUUUUGUUCCAGCGGAGGGAGACAAACCCACUCGAGCGUAACGCCGCCUCUUUCGGGAGGCCCUGUUGCCUUUACCUUUUUUCUUUCUUUCUUCUUUACCAUCUGUGAGUUUAUUGGGUGUUAUUAUUAUUGUUAUUGUUAUUAUUCGCUACUGUUGGUGUUGAGCAAAGCGCCGCUGCGUGCUGCGACGCAAAAGCAGAAGGCAAAUCACUCGAGGGCAUCGUCAUCAUGAGCGCACCGCAAAAUGCGUGCGACUCCGCUCGUCGCGGUCGCGCGUCACCACCGGCGAGAACGCCGCGCACGUCGACCACACCCCGCACCGCGGUGACGUCCUCGCCGUUUUCGCCGCACACCGCCCUCGCACCGCCACCACCGGCGUGGAUCAGCAACACACGCGUGGGGGAAAGGGACGUGAGGAGGGAGGCACGCACGCGGCCCGGCGCGCCCGUCAUCGCGGCGAGCGACGUCAACGCACUUCCUAGAAAGAAGAAGGUGAAGACGAAGACGAAGACGAAGACGAAGACGACAACGUCCGCAGGAGCCGGAAAGGAAAAGUCGAGAAGGCAAACUCGUCCCGCCACGGCGGCUUCCGGCACCUCACUGUCCACGACGCCGGUGGCGACCACGAAGAGUCACGGCAGUCCGCACGUUCGUCAGAGCUCGCUGCAGGCAACGUCAGAAAGCCACUGGCACGGUGAAGCACACGGCUUCAACAGCGCUAGCUCUCCCCCUCUUCCUCCUCCGCUCAUGGGUCUUUCGAUGUACGAUGACGACUCGGUGGAGCUCGAGGUUCCCUCGGAAACCAGCAGCAGUAGUUCGGACUUCGACUACAAGACGCAGCAGACGCCGAUGAGCACGCCGUCGCCCACAUCACGGCUUGUGUCGACGACAGCGGCGGAGUCGCUGCCGGUCGCUGCCUCCGCCUCCCCGACCACCACCACCGCCCACACGACGGCGGAGGGCGCGGACUGGACGCGGGCGUCGCCGCAGCUGGCGUCUUUGCCGGACAGCGUCGCUACUGCAAACGUGUCGUCGCCCCCGGCGGGGGAGGAGGAGGCGUUGCGUGCGACCCAACCACCACCACCACCGCCGCAGCACCAGCGAGCCGAGACGGCGAAGAUCGACCGGGAAGGCGGUGGUGGGGCUGCGGCUGCCGCUGCAGAGAAACGCCUUUCCAACGUCACGGCGGAGGCGCCGUCAAAGAACGCGGUGGGAGUCGAUCGGUCCUCACCGUCCUUGCGCACCCUACCCGUGAGUUGGCCGGCGAGCGAGGAGGACAGUUGCAACAACGAUCGAGCAACAACGGUAACAGCGUCACUACACUCGUCGUCGCCGUCGCCGGCGUCUCCCGCUCCUCCGCCGCCGCCUUCUUCUGUGCACGAUGACGCCGUAGCUGCCCCAACGAAUCUUACCAAAGCAGUCCCACUGAAAUCGCCAGCGUCGCCCGACGACCCUCGCAAGGUGGCAAAGAAGCGCGCCGCGACGCGCGAGAAGGCGUCUACCGCCCCCUCUCCUCCUUCUCCUUCUCCUUCCCCGCUUUCGCCUCUGCCCUCCGCGGUGCCGCCGCCAGCGAGCGUGGAAAACGCAACGGAAGCCGCGCAGCAGCAAAACGAGCGGCAGAGAGCGGCGAAGGCCAAAAGGGCAAACAUGUCCUGCAACGCCGCGGUGGCGGGUGGGGCGAAGCACACCGAGGAAGUCAGACCUACAGAGAAGAAAACGCUCGUGGAAACCCCACCAGCAACCGCGUGCAGCAAGCGGCCGCCACAUUACAUGACGGGCACGAGCGUGCGGCCUGUCGCUGGCGCCUCUCCUGCAGUUACUGCUGCUGCUGCUGCCCCGUCUUCAUCUACCGCGUCCCCCUCCCUACACAGUAUGCCACUCGUCCGUACACGAGUGGCCAGCUCACCCUCGUUGCAGCCCGCUCCGGACUCCCCACGCCUACAGCAACAGUCCCGGCAGCAACAGGAGCUAAGCACUGCGGCACCGCCAUCUACGCCGUCGCCAACGACCACACAAACAACCACCACUACAACAGCAAUAGCGAAGCUCAACAGCGUUGGUAAAGCUGAUUCGACAGGUGCGACGACGCGUGGCAGCCCGCCGCUCACGCCUCCUGCGCAACCGGCCAUCGCACCGGCGCGCUGCGCCUCACGCGCGUCUACGUCGUUCGCGGAGCCGUCACUUUCGCCGUCGGAGGACUCCGUCUCACGCCGCCGCGCUCGCCGGGCUGCGGUGACCGCCGCGGCUAUCGGCAACGUCAAUAAUAACGGCGGUGACGGUGCCGCUGCUGCCCCGUGUGUUGGCACGAGCACGCCGAAGGUGCCGGCGCUGCGCCGCGCGAACACCGAGCCCGUCAACGUCCGCAGCCGCGACGAGGGAGAACGGCACAAGUCGCACUCGCGACCCAAGACGGACGCCUCCUCCGUUGCGGCGGCACGACAGUCAUCCAGGGCAGACGUCGCCUCGCCCUCCCCCUCCACCCCGCCCCCGCAGGAGCCGCAGCCGGCCACGCUUUCUUUUGAGCUGAUGGACCGGUACAUCUACCAGAACGUGAUGGUCUACCCACCAGCGGUGAACGAGCGGAUUGAAAUGCCCCCGGUGAUGGAGCGUCCACUUUCCUACUACGAACUGGGGAUGUGCAGCCGCCACGCAGCGCACGUGCCGGCGCAUUACAAGCGGGCGCUGCUGCACGAGCAGCGUGCACUGCUGCGCAACGCGGCCUGGCUGCCCAUGACGACGGUGUUAGAUCAGCGCAGCGGCGGUGUCGGGGCGAUGAUGAUGGCGGAUUUCCGGCACAUGGCACGCGUGAUUCGCUACGCACAGGAGCGAGAGAACUGGAAGGCGGCGCUGACGCAGCGAGCCGCGUACGACGCGCAGUGUGCGGAGAUGAUUCACGCAGCGGCGAUGUCCAGCAGCACCAUGAUGAACAACUCCACCAAGUCAGCCAGUGGUGGUUGGCUGAAGGCGGCCAGUCCGUCCGCUCACCGCGACUUCUCAGCCACCGAGGUGGACGACGACAGCAAAUCAGCCUCGAAACGAGCGGGGUCUGCGUCUUCGGCGGCUCCGAGAGAGUACAGCGCGUUGUCCGCGUCUGCCAGUCGCGCCACGGCCACCGCUGUUAUAGCCGAUGCCAAAGCCACGACCACCACCGCCGCAACAGCAGCAGGAGCACCAAAGAAAGAGGCGGAAGACAUGGCCAAAGAUAAGAAGAAGAAGCAAAAGGAUAAGACCGAGAUGCCGGCGUUUUUGAGCUGGCUGGUGGAUGCUUUCAGCGUAGAGAGGAAGAGGGACAAGAAGUCAUCCAAGAAGGCGGCAGCGUCGCGGCCAGCACCCGUUGCGCGCCCCACCGCCGUCUCAGCACCAGCAACAUCCACCACCACCACCCCAACCACAUCCGCAGCAGCGUUGAAAGCGGCGAGUGAGCUUUCCGUGGCACCGACGCGACCCGCGGCCUCAGUAGUUUCCCCCAAUCCGCCUCCGCCCCUCCAAUGGGAAAACUCGAUCACCGUGUCCCUCUCCUCCACACUACUCAUACACGACGGGUCGGCUGCCGCCGCUGCACCUGCGCACGGCAACAUCAGCGGUAGCAACGCCGGCAACAACAGUGAUGAUGCUCGAUGUCGUCCUUACGCAGAGGACAGUUCGAGCACCCGGCCUGUCGCCGUCACCGUCGAAACGAGCCCCGCAGCCUGCCCUGCGGACGCCUCCUCGCCGUUUGCAGAGGACCUGCACGUCUCACGCUUUCCGGGGCGCAGCGUCAGCGGCGCCGGCUCGAUCGAGCUGCCGCCGCCGCCGAUCCCCGUCUUCCGCCUUUACCACUUCCACCCACUGGAGGUCGUGCAGGAGCUAAAGCGGAUGGUGUGGUGGGCGGCGGUGCACAAGUUUGUCGUGCUCCGCGUGCUCACGGGGACGAUCGCCACCGCACGCGCCGCCGCCGCUGCUGUCGUGGCGAAGGACGGUGAUGAUGACGUAUGCUCCUGCAAUGUGUCGCCGCGGCGCAAACGGCACGUCGCGGCAGCCGUGGCAGCCGCGGCGCGAGGAGAAGAGCGCGGUGCUGCCACAUCAUUGUCGGGUUCUCGCCCGCACCACAACUCGUUUGCCUCGCUAUCUUCGUUGGACUCGCGAUCGCCCUCAACGGAGUGCGUCAAUGACGCGCCGUACGAGGCGGCGUACUUCAACACCGUCUUGUUGACGCUGCGCAUCGAUCGUUGGCUAGUGCGGCACGCCGUGUUGACCCGGCGAGACGCGGCACGAGGCUUGGUGGAGCUGGAGGUGACGGAGCUGGCCGAGGCGGAGGCCGCCGAUGCAGCCCAGCGGGAGGAGAAAACGCUGGAGUCGCAGCUGGCACACCCGCUGACAAACAAUGAUAGUACUAGUACAGUGGAUCGGCAAGCGGCGUCCGCCUUGGCGUAUUUCUUCAACGCUGAGACGCAUACUCCUCGUUAG